AAAGUUUAUAAGUGCAAAAUAAAGUAUUGUCGACUGGAAAUGGCUGAAAUAAAUGCCACUCAGCAAGCGCGAAGGAAGUACCUAUCGAUGGCAGUGUCGUCGGAACUAAUCGAACGCGGCGUCGAAAGUGCUGAAAGAGAAAUCGUCGAAACGCUGACGGAAAUGAUGCAGAGCUUCAUUGUUGAACUAGGCCAAACGGCUCGUAACUACUGCGAGCUGGCCGGACGAACGCAACCCGUAGUAGGGGACGUGGUAAUAGCUCUGAUAAAUAUGGGAAUCUCCGUGAAGGGAAUGGAAGCAUACGCAAAGCGGGAAGGACGGCCCAUGCUGCCGGCCCCGCAACAGGCACAGGCUCAAAAACAGCUCGGUAUUCUGCAGGCCGGCCAGAAGAAUUCGCACCCAUCGCACAUACCGUACUAUUUUCCGGCUCUGCCGGAUCCGCAUGCAUACAUUCGUACGCCGACUUACAAACAACCGGUCACCGAAUACGAAGCUAUUCGUGAAAAGGCUGCUUCGCAGAAGCGAGAUAUCGAAAAAGCACUGACUAGGUUCCUGGCUAAGACCAGUGAAGUGCACAGUUUGUUCGACAAUGAGGAUAGCCCAAUGUUUCCGCUGAUUGCCUGCAAGCCAUCGUUCCCUCCCUAUCUGCAGGCACUGAAUCCAACGGAUCAGAUAUUUGAUUUCGAGGAACUGGAAUACUACUAUCAGGUGGCCAACCGGAAAGAAGAUCCGGCGGAAACCAAGGACGGUGAUGAUGACGACGAUGAUCCAGACGAUAGCACCGAGAGCAAAAAAGAGGACAAGGAAAGUGACGAAAAGGAUGGUGAGUCGAACAGCGCCGGCAAAGGCACAAAUGAGACGAAAAUGGGUCCACCAACGGUAACGGUUUCCACGGCUGCCGGUAACAUCACAACGGCACAGAUUAAUCUAACCAACAACAGUCCGAGUAUCGACAAUCCGUAUCUGCGGGCGGCUACCAUCCCGAGGAAGGUGAAAAGUGAAAGCGGAUCGGGAAUGUUUUAGAUUGUAAGCGGUUUUCCGGAUUCGAAUAAAGCUUAGAGUGUAAGUGA